UUUAAGAGAUUCUCAGAAAACGGUCGUAUAAUCAUAAACAGAGACAGGAAAACCCGUCAAAGAUCGAAGGCAUUAGAAUUUGCCAAAAUAAUGACGUCACUGAUUGGGUUUAUACAUUUAACUACUAAUGAGGGAUCUUUUUGAUGAAUAUCGGCGUCUUUGAAGUGUAAUGGACAAUGAUCUCUUUUCUUUGAUGUUUUGGAGGCCACAUCUCAUCAGUGAUUGCCCAUGAGAAGUGCUCACUAUAAAACACUCCGGACCGUUCUCCAAAAUCACUUCUUCUCGUCCUUGUUUUUGAUAACUGUUCACAGCUCGCUUAUUUCACCUGUAUCAUGGAUGUGAGUAGUUCUCAGCGGACCGCCGUUACCCACAAGUCCAAGCACAUGGUGGCCUGGCUUCUCAAGAACGAGUUUGUCUCCAGUACGGAUUCCAGAAUAUCACACUACAGGAAAGCUGGCAGCACCCUGAACGUGUCUGACAUCGGCUUGAGGAAGCGCGAGCUCCAGACUCGUCUGCGGGACCUCAUCAGAAGACGACACUCCAUGCAGCAGAAGGACCUCGAGCUCAGCUUCAGGCGAGAAAACCUCAGGCGAAAGGCUAAUGAACUAUUCGUCGACGAUGAAGUGUCUGUGUCUCCCGCCAAGAAGCCCCGGAUGGGCGUGUCCUCUCUGACCCCGGUGAAGAAACAUCUGACAAAGACGAGCACCACGCAGACGUCGUCCAGCCUGCUCACCAGAGGAGUGACGUCACAGGAAGUGCUCUUCUACACGCGCAACGGAGUCAGGUGCACGUGGUGUUAAACAUGUUCUCUUGGAGGACAUUAUACUGAACGUUAU